CAUGAGCUUUGGAAGCUAAAUUCACGAGAUUGAAGGUAGAUCAAUAAAAAACUGUUGGCUUAUCGCAUGUUUGCUUCACGCAAGCAGCUAAAUGGGGUUUGCUUCAUCGCGUGGCUUUAAAGACUUCACUUAAUGCUUAAAACCCCCAACCCCCCAAAAAAAAAAACCAACAAACAAACCCUCUCUCUCUGUUUCUCUCUCAUCUUCAACAUCGACCCCCACAAUCCCUAGCUAAUUGUAUGAUUUACAAUCCAAAAAACAAAAUUCCCCGCUAGAAAAUGAGUGCAAACCCUAGCAGCAGCAGCACCACCGGUGGUGGUGACGGCGGUGUUGGCGGGAACAGCGGCGGCAGCAGUGGUGGAGGGCCGUGUGGGGCUUGCAAGUUUUUAAGGAGGAAGUGCGUGGCCGGGUGCAUAUUCGCGCCGUACUUUGACUCGGAACAAGGUGCGGCUCAUUUUGCGGCGGUUCACAAGGUGUUCGGAGCGAGCAACGUGUCCAAGCUUCUGCUUCAUAUUCCGGUCCAUAAAAGGCUCGACGCGGUGGUCACCAUAUGUUACGAGGCACAGGCUCGGCUUAGAGACCCUGUCUAUGGUUGUGUUGCUCACAUCUUUGCCCUCCAGCAACAGGUGGUGCAUUUACAAGCAGAGCUUUCAUACCUACAAGCCCACCUUGCAACACUAGAGCUUCCAACUCCACCAGCACCACCUCCACCACCCCAAAUGCUCCUCACGCCGCCAUCCCUUUCGAUAGCAGACCUCCCACCGGCGUCCUCCGUGCCCGCCACAUACGACUUAUCAUCGCUUUUUGAGCCAAUGAUGCAGGCUUCGUGGACUAUCCAGCAGCCUCAAAUGGAUCCACGCCAACCCGGUUGCACCAGAAGUAUGGCGGAGAUGUCAUCAUCAGUCAGUACAGGUGGUGAUCUACAAGCACUGGCACGAGAACUUCUACACAGACAUGGGUCUCCGCCAGUUCCAUGCACUGAUUCUCCUCCUUUGCCACCCCACUGCAAAUGAGACAUACUGACCCAAUUAACUGGUAUUUGCCCCGGGACCCAUGACAUUUGGGUCCUUCUUUGGAUUUCAAUUCCUUUUUUUUCUUUUUAACUUUAGUGGGCAAGUAAUUAAAUUACUGAUCCCUUUUUCUUUUUUCUUUUUUUUUUUUUCCUGAAACAACAGUGAAAUUUAGAGUAUUAGUUUAUACAUGUAACUUUGCAUCAUGUUUUGUUCCAUUUAUAUGUGUUUAGGAGUUAAACUAUUGUUCCCUUUAUAAUAUGUUUAGGAGUUAAACUAUGUCCAUGGAUUA